AUGUCGACCGCUGAAGGCUACGAUGGCCUUCUUAGCCCACCAUCCUCGACUCCCGCCUUUCCCGUCGCAUCGCGAGACCACCUACCCGCAUACACGCCGCUCAACACAUUUGAACUCCCCAAAGGCGCAGACAGGCACUACGUGCAGCAAUACGCCGACAUGUACUUUCUACGGCUGGUGCAGCUGAAGCCGAUAGUCGAACAGAAUGCAGCCGAGAAGUGGGCCGGCUACACGAUCAGAGGCACCAAGGCGCGGCAGGUUGAACGCGUGCUAGACGUCCGACAGGGCGAGCUCUGCUGGGUCGUAGGGACGGUUUACAUGGAGACGCCGCUGAAGCCCAAGGUCCUGGAGGAUAUAUCAAAAGAGCACUGGAUAUCCGCACCUCCACCCCGCGAAAAAUACAUUUCUCCUGAUAGUCCGAGCGAGAUGAUGCUGGAAGACGAGUCCGGUCGCCUCCGCAUGACCGGCCGCUGCCUAGAGGACGCACUGCUCGUCACUGGUGCUAUCAUCGCCGCAAUCGGCACCGAAAAUUCCGAUGGCGUUUUCGAGGUCCUAGAAAUCAAGGUUGCAGACGUGCCACGCCAGCCUGAGCGCUGGGAGCUGGAGGACAGCGAAGGCGCAGUAGCCGGAAAGAGUGAGGGCAGGAAGCACGGCAACUCUACCAAGAUCGCCCUCAUCAGUGGCCUUCAGAUCAGCGGCAACCACAGCGACGCACUCCAGCUUGACCUUCUCGCCCAGACGCUGACGGGCGAACUUGGUGGGCCCGAACUUCAGGCUAAGGUUGCAAGCAUAUCGCGUCUGAUCAUCGCUGGCGACUCUCUUGCCAACGCCUGCCCCAUCCCCUCGCGUGAAGAGUUCGCCGCUAUGAAAAAAAGUAGCGGCAAGAAGUACGGCUACGAUUCCUCGUCCUACAACGCCGCACCCACCGUCCACCUUGACGAUUUUCUCGAGUCAAUUCUUCCCACCAUUUCCGUGAUCCUGCUUCCCGGUGAGACCGACCCGGCAAACGUCCAGAUCCCUCAGCAGCCGAUGCAUCCAGCGCUCUUUCCGAAGGCAAGAUUAUAUGCGAAAAGCCCCUUGCAGAAAGCAGCUGCUCCCAGCACGUUUGAUCCCGUGACGAACCCGUGGGAAGGCGAAGUCGAAGGCUGGAGGUUUUUGGGCAAUGGUGGACAGCCCGUGAGUGACGUGUUCAAGUACGUGGAGAGCGAUGAUCGGCUGGAGAUGAUGGAGAGCAUGCUGCGAUGGAGGUGCAAUGCCCCGACUGCGCCGGACACGCUGUGGUGCUACCCUUUCCAGGACGAUGACCCGCUCCUCAUCAAGGACUGCCCACACGUCUACUUCGCGGGUAACCAGCCAUCGUUCGGCACUCGAGUCAUCGAGGGUCCGGCAGGCCAGCGGGUUACGCUCAUUGCUGUACCAAAGUUCAAAGAGACGGGGUCGAUGGUGUUAAUCGACUCAGAAACCUUGGAGGUGGAGUCGAUUGAGGUGGGGCUGGUGGAGGACGGCAAGGCUUGA